GGACGCACCCUACUCCGAACACUACCGCUCUCUGCUCCCAUUCCAGUCCACCACCAGUCCACCACCACCCACUUUCUCUCUAUCUAAAGACUAAAUAUCUGCCCCUCUCCUCCCGUUGGCUCAAAUUGUUUUUGGUUUCUAAUGAAGCAGCUUUAAGGAGAAGCUACGGAUUCAAGUGGAGCAACCAUGAAUGUCAAUGAAGUUGUAAAGAGACGUUUUUUUUAGGAAAAUACAGGGCGGGGAAUAGCAAAACCCCGAGUUAUGAUGGCCCUUUCUCAUCCUACAAUAAUCCUACUUUCUGGGCCUAAAUCAUUUAUUUUCCUACCUUCUUCAACCUUAAAACCAUGGAAGAUGCAUUUGAAAACCCUCAAAAUCCACUGUAGUGCAGCUAGCAGUAAUGGAGAAGUUCAUGAUUGGAGAAAAUGGGUGCCCAAAAAACUCAACUUUGGGCCUGAUAAAGUACUACAGUCCAUUGCUGGGGCAACUUCUAGCCCAAUUUGUCAGUACAUCUCUUCCCCUCCAACUGUCUUGCAUUCUGUUGAUCCUAGAAUUAAACUGGUUGAAGAAUGUUUUUUUUCACCUGAAUAGAGUUUGGCUUCUUGUGUUAGUUUUUUUGCCAGCACGUUCCAAUAUUUACAUGCGCUUUGGGAUUGUUUUUUCUCUAGCUCUUCUGUCCACAUGGAUACUCCCUGCAGAUGUGUGCAAAGAUCAAUUGGGUAGAGUGGCAUUGUUGUCUCUAAUUUUAUUUAUAGUGCUGGGACUGACUGCUGAUGGUGUUCUUCCCAGUGUCUCUAGGAGGACUCCACCACCAUCUUUGUCCGGACUUCCAAGUAUUCCUUCAUCAGUUAAAGGUUAUACAUAUAUGCUUUUUAAGUUUGGACCUUUACAGAUGACAAGGAAAGGACUCUCGGUAGCAAGUACAUCUGCAUGCCUCACAUUCACGAUCUUACAAAGUGCUAGCCUCUGUUUGUCAACAACCCCCCCAGAGCAACUUGCUUCAGGAUUACGGUGGUUCUUGCUCCCUUUUGCACCUAUUGGUGUUCCAGUAGAUGAAAUUGUUCUGACUCUUAUGCUUUCACUAAGGUUCAUAAAUCUUAUUUUUGAUGAGGUCCGAAAUGUAGCUCUUGGAAUUUUAUCUCGUAGAAUUCAUUGGCAGGACUUGACACUCCUGGAGAAAAUUGAUGUCUUCGUAAUGUAUAUCAGACGGAUCUUCAAGAAUAUUUUUAGCCAUGCAGAGCAAAUAUCACAGGCCAUGAUUGUUCGAGGUUUCCGAGGUGAUAGCAAUUGUCACAAGAUACACUUUCAACCCUCGUCCAUUACGAUGGCAAAUGUUAUUUCCUUGUUGGCUCUAUGUGGUGUGAUCGGUGCUACCAGGCUGUCAGGAUCGAUGCUGGUCUAAAAAGCAGCAAAGCCUCCAUUGUUCUGGAAAUGUUUUCAUACAGCCACCCAACACUCACCACUCCAAGUUUGAUCCUAAAUAGCAUGUCACUCAUAUCUUCAACCCCGUAAAUUGCGGCUCUACCUCACGGCUCUGACUCUGGAGUUUUCCAAAUGAUGCUCAAUCUUGUCUGGCAUACACUUGGAAAGACAGUUGACUUGGUUGAGGCCUCGAAGGGGUCAUCCUUAAGACUGCGACAAGCAACCCAAAAAUGGAUAUUUGAGGAUUUCUAAGCCUGCUAGUAUUCUUUUCAGAGUUAUGUUAAUUUGCUGAAGGAAUUAUAGAGUAUAAUCGGUAUAUUUUACCGCAGUUUACUUCUGUACAUCUUCCAUCUAUAUAUUGUAUAAAAGAGUUUGACAAAAGUAAUUCAUGCUAUGGUAUAUCAUUGUUGUCAAA